AUGGCCACUGCGGAAAAAGCUACUGAUUCACUCAGCGAGAACUCUGGAAAUCUAACAUCCAUCAAUGAUGUCAUGGAUUCAUCAUCUACCAUCCACUUACCUAAUAUCUUUGUCUAUCUGUCAAUUUUCCUAAGCUUGCUAGCUUUUUUGAUUUUACUUCUGGUAAUUGCAUUGCAAAAGCUUAAGAAUGUCAUUGCUUCUAGUUCCUCCUGUCAUGAAUAUACAAGCAACACUGGGAGUUCUAAAACCAAUCUGGAAAUAUGCAGCCUUUCCUUACCAACCUCCGGAUACAACGCAUUA